AUGAAUAUGGAUGUUGAUCUUAAAUUAGAAACGAAGAUAUCACGUAGAGAGCUCAGAGUGCUUCUACUUCAUGAAUUCCGUUUUGGUCGCAAAGCAACGCAAGCAACACGCAACAUAUGUAGCAUGAUGGGCAAGGAUGUAUUCUCUGUCUGCACAGCGCAACAUUGGUUCCAUCGGUUCAAGAAUGGCAACUUCGAGGUCGAUGAUUUACCUCAUACCGGAAGAUCAUCUGAGGUGGAUAUCGACCGUUUAAAGCAGCUUAUCGAAGAAGAUCCUAGGUUGACUAGACGGUGUUUAGCAGAGCAGCUCGGAUGCUCUCAUACUACAGUAGAAACACAUCUGGCGGAUUUAGGCAAAACCUGCAAAUAUGGUGUUUGGAUACCACAUGAACUAUCACCACAUCAACUCUAG